CAGUUGGAGCCCGAGCACCGCUGGCCGCUGGGGCGCACAGUGCGCAUGCGCGGGCGAGGCCGCCUGGGAGGCUCGCGAUGGCGGGGGCUGCUAUGGAGGCUGCGGGCGGGCGGUACCGCGGGGCCCUGCUGCGCGGGAGGAUGGAGGGGCAGGGCUCGUACGUGCUGCCCACGGGCACCGAGUACCGCGGCGUGCUGAGGGACGGGAUGCUGGAGGGCGAGGGCGAGUUGCGGUUCCCCGGCGGCGGCACGUUCCGCGCGGUCUGGCACCGCGGGCGGCCCAGCAAGGGGAAAUACACGUUUGCAGAUGGUCUCGAGUACAAAGAUAAAAAAUGGCAUUACUGCGAUGGCUAUGACAGAAGAUUUUAUACAGAAAUCUGUUUUGGUCUUAAACCAGCAGGCAUUUCUCAACUUACAAAUCUGGAUCCUCCCAGGAAAAUCCCGGAAGGAUGUUAUGACUGUGGUGAUGGAUUCUAUAAUCCUGAAACCAGAGUUAUUGUUGACUACAAACUCAGGUUUCUGAGAAACGCAGAAAUAGGACUCCUGGCACCUUUUUAACAGCAUUUGGUCAGUAGAAAGAUGGGAAGAUUUCCCAGUUUUUCAGUGAAAAGUAGAAAGAAUAUGAUGUUAUGUUUAAUGCAAAGCAGGGGGGUACAAGAAGAGCAGUGACAUUCAGGCUUUAGGACCCCUGAAUGUCAGAGAAGCCCAUAACUUUCAAAGAGAAAAUACAAUCAAAAGUUGAAAUUUUGUUCUACUGUGAUGGAAGAGAUUAUAGGAGAUUGCCUGGGUCACCUCUCUUUUGAUGAAAAGCAAAGAUACUUCUGAUGAAAAUUGCUCUGUUUCUCCUGUGGUUCUCCCAGGGAUGGAUUAAAUAAUAUACAACAUGCUUUUGCUCUUUGUAAUAUGAGAAUAUUUGUGCUACUACUCUUAUAUUCCAUCUUCAGGUUUAGUUAGUAUGAGUAUGGUGCACAGGGUGGCUUUCUAUACUGCAGUCAAUGUUACCUGAAAUGUAUGCAUAUAUAACAUCAAGAGCAGGAAGGAACAAAGCCUGUUACACUAAACGCUCACUAAAGUAACCGAAUUAACAUCCAUGUCAUUAAGAGCAGGAUUAGGCCCAUAAAAUCUGGAUGUGUCUUAUUAAGAGCAGAGUUUUUUGUGUUGCUGCAACCCUGAGCCAGCCAGCAAUCAGUUUAGGAUUUCUACAAGCCUGGAAGUCUUGUAAAAAGCAGGAGAAAAAAAAAGUCUACUGCUUCAGGAAUCAUUAUAAGCUGAAAAGGUCAAGAUUCAAGUACAUUAUUUUAUUAUGGUUUAGAAAAGUCUAGGGUUCCUUGGUUGUGAGGCUGACCCAAUUCUGCAGGCAAAGCCAAUUUAAUUCUAAGCCUUACGAAUCACAGACUUAAGAGUUCCCUCAUGUUGUUUCCUUGGGAUGAUGGUUCUUGUGCUUGAUCUGAAAGGAUUUGGAAGCAGACUUUUUUGGAAGGUCGGCAGCAAUGUAUUCACCAAUUUCAGGUUUAUCCAUGUGUGCAAAUCCAUGAGAUAAAUCGCCCACAUUUACACUUUUUUUAUCUUACAGCUCAAAUCUGACUUGCACCAAGUGCUUUUUGAUAAAUGCAGACUGACUUGUCUGAAAAAUGUAGUUGAGAAACAGAGCCAUAACCACUCAAUAAUUACAUAGGGUAAUAUUUCUGUACCUACCCUUGUGUACCCCAAAUACAUGCAGAUGUUUGCGUGCUCUUUCUCAUAAACUACUGAAGAACUGGGUGUGGGAUGAGGACCUGGCAAUUUUUCAGGUCUGGAGUAUUUCUGGAAAAAAGACAGCAAGUUUAAGUUAAAGCCGACUGUGGUGCACGAAAAAAAGAUUGACUGCACUUAGGGAUCAUGCAUGGAGCUUUAUUCCCUGUUCUUCUUUGAAAUUGCCCAUUCUGAUGAUGGAGGGAGUGGAUGAACAGUCUGAUUCCAGGCUAGUCCCUAGUCAUUGCUUAAGAAUGUGAGAGUUGUUUUGGCAGAUGCCCUUAGCAAUGAAGAGGAAAGUCCCAGCAAUACACAUACAGAGGGAAUAUAGUAUUUUUGUUCGAAUGAAUUUAGCUUCCCAUAGAUUUAAAUGUCUACUUAUAACCCAGGACCAUUUAAUCUUUUGUACAUUUGUUUCUUUUUUAUUUGACUUAAGAUACUGAAUUUAGAUGAGGUUUAGUUCCUACAUAUUGAAACUCUUAAAAGCUCUUCAAAUAAUUGUUCUUUGGAUACUUGUUAAGCUAAAGAAAUCAGUUUUGAUCGGCAGUAAAAGUUCAUGCUAUUUUAAGUGCAAUGCUAUAGCUAUUUUCUGUUGUAUAUUUAAUCAUUUUGAAUUAUAUGUCAUGUAAAAGAUUUUAGCUCUGGGGCAUUUGCCAGAUGGCUGAUUCUGCAUUUCACACAACAAAAGAAAUAAUGUUUGUGUAAAGCUCUUAAAAAUAGUUGGUAAUCAGUAUAUUCUACAACGAAUAGGAUCCAGACCUGUUUGGAAAAAAACCCCAGCUUUUGCAGAAAUUAAUUUAGAGGAUUUGGUCUCUACCUCUGGGCUCUGAACAAAACAAAUUGUGUCUAUUGUUUGCUGAUUUUUUUAACAUUUAACAAGUUAACUGAAUUGUAAAUUUUACUCAUUUUUAUGUUAAAUGCCAUUUAUUGUGAUCCAUUGAUCUUUUUCUCUUUGGCUGACAAACUUAUUUCUGAAAACAGGGCUUUGUAAAACAGAGCCAAUACUACUCUCCAUUUACAAAUGUAGAGCAUACGAAUGUGAGUAGCCCUUUGCUUUUCUUACAGCAGCUGAAUUACUUGUCCUUUUUACUGCUAACUCCUCUUUCUGGCCUCUUUAGUUCAUAGUCCUCUAAAAUACUAGGCAAAACAUAUUUUCUUUCUCUGCCAUGGCACUCAGCUUUUCAUUGCCCACAAGGCUCUACACAAGUCCAUACAAAUUCACCGUUUGGUCUUGUCUCCUCUGUCUCCCAAAUACUUUUUUUCUCUUGCAUGACAAUCCCAUUCACUCCCAUGACGCAGGUUUUCUGACCACAUUCAUACAAUUCCAGUUUUCUGGUACUUGUUUUCUAGAUUCACUGCUUCUACAAUAGUCAGAAGAUUUGAAAAAUAUUACCUACCUUAAGAGGAAGGUUAGAAACUGCAUUAUAGCUCUUUCUUCUGGAUCUCCAAGUGCCUCUUUGUAUUUUAUAGUUAGAUAGCUUUUGUCCUGAUGUGAGGGCUUCGGACCUACAUCAUCUCCAAUGCUUAACAAUUAAGUUAGUGGAGGAGCCAGAUCUUAGAAGGGGGAGAGGCAGAACGCUAGCAAGUAUCAAACUGGGGACUGCUGAGGGGGCAAAGCAAGUUAAUGAGUAUGGAACUGAAGGUGGCAGAAGGGAAUUCUUCUACUUAAUAUAAAGAGAAGAUCCCAGGCUCCUACGAGAAGUAGCUUCAUGUCUAUUCUUAUUCUGUCUUAAACAUUUUUUUUAAACAUCGAACCUAUUCUCUUACCCAUUAGGUGCCCUUUUCAUACCUGUAUUUAUAUAGAAAUGUGUUAAGGUCAGGCACAUUUUGAAUGCCAUUACAAAAUGCACAUUUAUGUCUUUCUCAGUGUCAAAGUCUGCUCAGGUGACAGAGAUAGUUGGAGAUUUCUCAUCCAUGUAACAAAGAAAAUAUUUUUAGAUUAAAUUUGGCUUACCUAUUUUAAUAUAAAGUGUCUGCCAUUCAGUAAAAUAGAUUACAAACCAAUAUGAUUUAUAUUCAAGAUGAUAGACAGCAAAAAUAAUAUUAAUGUAUGGAUCGUGAUAUAAGUUACUACAGUAAUUUCAGUAGCUAUAGCUUUUGCAGAUACAUCAUUCCUUAUGGUUUCCCGGCCUUAAAAUACUUAGCGUUUUGAUAACUGUGAGAGUUUCGAUUCUAAAUAGUGGCAUGCCAAGAAUAAUACCUUUGUGUGCUAGCCAUCCUAUUGUGAAUCUGUUAAAUAGGUUAUACUCCAGUCUUAUAGGCACCUAUAUUCAACUAUACAGUUCACGUGAAAACAAGUUUUAAAAGAGAUAGAAAGUUCAUUUGGGGGGCAUUUUGGAAUUACAGUAAUUAAAAGUAAAUGGAAGGGUGAGAAUUUGUGGGUGGAAGCAAAGGUUAAUUGAAAACGUAUUUUCCAUUUUCUUGCCAGCCUUGAUGUUGGUGGGGUCAGGUGCAGUAAGGAAAGCGGUGCUGGGGACCCGGAGGCGGCAGUGGAAAUGGAAGGGGUGUGCCAGGCAGAAUCUAUGGCUGAGAUGCUAUCACAUGUGAUUGUAAUUGUGUAGUGGAAGAUCAUGAUAAACUGCGCUGCGGGUGAUGGGAGGAGUCAGGCAUGCGAAAGAAUUAAACGAUAUUGUUGUUUACAAUGGUCUGUGUGUGCUGGGCCCUGUGCAAACAGAGAGGAAACUCUGCUCAUGUUCAAGGAUUGCCUACUGUAAACAUACUCUUACAGACCAUAGUCAUGGAAAGCUGCUCUGUCCACACGGCUGCAUCCUCCAGGUACGCAGCAGCUACAAGACGCUGGUUGUCCUGACAGAGGGACGUAUCAGGGCAAGUCUGCUUUCCUCCUUGCUCAAAAGGCCUUUAACAGAAGCGAGGGUGACCAGGGCGACGAUGCACACUUACAUCUGGUCCCAGCUCGCCUUUGAGCAGAGGGAGCCAAGGAUCUGAAUUUUGGAGUGCAUCAGGCUGCCAGUGUAGACAAAGCCUUUAAGACACCUGGAGAAUGUACAGCUAUGAAGCACAGUUUGAAGACCUAACACAGAGUCAGACAAGGCUUUUAAGGUGAACAAUAUAGUUUUUCCCUGCCUAAGCAACUAAGCAUUCUAAUUUCAAUGCAGUACAUCUCCCUGUGUACCUCUAGGUGGUUUCCUGGGAAAGCAUUACUUAAGAGGCCAAAUCUGGAAGCCUACCCGACAAUACUGCUGU